UGCAGGGACAGCAUUGCUUAAUAUUAGCAAACGGCGAAUCGGCGAUCAUGUAAGGGCGAGAGGAGAUUUGGACCGGAGCUCGUCUACCUUAUAGGGAAAAAAUGGUGAAAAUCUGACUGGUUGCGCCAUCGGGCACGAAUUAACAGCGAGGCCAAGUUGCAGGAUCCUGCUAGGCAUGUUGUUUCCCUUUUACACAGUGCUCUAGCUAAUAACUCUAGUUCAAUAUCUCCGAUUGAUGAAGGGCAGGUUCAGUGAGAGCUGGUCAAGAGAUACAGCUGCUGGCAACACACAAACUCCAUGUAAUCCAGGUCGUGGAGUUCUAAAAAGUGCUCUUUCACAGAAAAGUUGCUCCAAAAGAUGUGAUCCACAGAAGAAAGGAUUUGGAAUGAGGACAAAAGGUUGGGACUCCAAGGAUGACAGACUUAGUGCAACAGAAAGAGACCUAAGAGUAGUCAAGAACUUAUUGAAGAGCUAAUUCAAGAACGUGUACAUUGUGACUUAGAAGGAGAAUGUGUGAUGAUCCUUCCUCAGCCCCUACCAAACCCAGCUUAUCCGAGAUGAGUGGUCCUCUGUGGUGCCCGACCACUGUACCUGCCUGCUCUUGGCAGUGCUUGGUGACGUGAGCAGAUUGCUCCAUCCUGGCAGCCACGGGAGCGUGGAAUGGCCUCUUUGGACCUCCCGUACCGCUGUCCUCGCUGUGGGGAACACAAGCGCUUUCGAAGCCUGUCCUCUCUGCGUGCCCAUCUGGAGUACAAUCACACCUACGAGACCUUGUAUGUGCUUUCCAAAUCCAACAGCGUUUGCGAUGCCGCUGCACUACUCCCCAUAGUGGCCGACGGUGCUCUCGCUGCUGAAUCUCGUUUUCCAUACCGUGAGCUUCCCUGCUCUGGUGAAGAGCUAGGCCUUGCUCCCUCCUCUACUGCUCGCUACUUGCCCAAUGUGGAGUUUCCCCUUGGCGAGAUCCUAGUGAAGACAGCCAUGAGCACCGGUGAUGCCUUGACCGCCACUGGGAACAAUGCUGUCGCAGUGGCUGCUAAUGUGGCCGCCAGCACGAUGGAAGCGGCUUAUGAGGAGGGCCUGGCUAGGUUAAAAGCUCGAGCUUUUGAGAGGCUAGAGCUGGAUGAGAGGCUGGAGAAGCUGUCGCAGGAGGUGGAGCAAAAGAUAGCAUCACGCGUCGGCCGUCUGCAGGCAGAGCUGGAGAGGAAGAGCUCAGAGCUGGAAAAGGCCAAGCUGGAAAGUGAAAGGCUUUGUCAGGAGAAACAAGACUUAGAGAACAAGGCCACCGAGCUUUCACGGCAGGUGGAUGUUUCUGUGGAGAUGCUAGCCAACCUCAAGCAGGAUCUGGUUAACAAGGAACAAGAGCUGUCACAGAAACAACAAGAGGUGGCCCAGAUUGACCAGUUCCUGCAGGAAACAGCUGUACGUGAAGCCAAUGCAAAAAUGCGUCUUCAGCAGUUCAUUGAGGAGCUGUUGGACCGGGCCGACCGCGCUGAAAAACAGCUCCAGAUCAUUAGCAGCUGUGCCACUACCCCGAACGGCAGUCUGGGACACUGCAGUCUUCAGGGAUCCAAACCCAAUGGUCGACAGAGAAAUUCCAUUGUCUCUGGGGUAUCGAGGGGAAUGUACCAAGUGUCUGAUAGACGUUCCUCGCCAAGCACUGCAGCAUCAAGACGAGUAAAGUCUGUGUCUCAAGGUUCAGGAGGUUAUGACAGUGACAAUGUGGACCUCCACGCUCUGGAGGACUGUCCUGAUGCUCAGUACUACCACGUCCAGUGCCGACUUGGGGUGGGAGGUGGAGGAGGUUACGAAAGAGCAGCUGCUUCCCAGAGCUGGGGUCUCCGCAAACAGGCCAUCCAGAACUGGCAGCGCCGGCCAUACCGGAACAGCACGGAGGGAGAGGAGGGCGACGUAUCUGAUGUGGGCUCCCGCACCACAGAAUCCGAGGCAGACUUGUGGGAGCAAGACAAGCGAGCAGACUGCCAGCAGCACGGGGGAAGCCUUGGAGGAUACAGACUAGCUACAGGUCAUUCUGAAAGGGGAUACAAGCCUUGCCGCCAUGAGAAAAGUCCCUCUAAAGUCAAUGAGGUGAUUAGUCCUGAGGUGCUAAAGAUACGAGCCGCUCUGUUCUGCAUCUUCACCUACCUAGACACUAAGACACUCCUGUGGGCAGCCGAGGUGUGCCGGGAUUGGAAGUUUGUGGCUCGUCAUCCAGCAGUGUGGACCAGAGUGCUGCUGGAGAACGCUCGCAUCUCUUCAAAGUUCUUGUGCAUUCUGUCUCAGUGGUGCACACAGACCCAUUCCCUCAUCCUGCAGAAUCUCAAACCCAGACAGAGAGGCAAAAAAGAAACAAAGGAGGAAUAUCUGAAGAGCACACGUGGGAGUCUGGAGGAAGGUCUGGAGGCCUUGCUGAAAGCCACUGGAAGUAAUCUGCUCAUCCUGAAAGUAUCUCAUUGUCCUAAUCUAUUGACUGAUCGCUCUUUGUGGUUGGCGAGCUGUUAUUGCCGGGCACUACAGGCUGUCACAUACAGAAGUGCAACUGACCCUGUGGGACAGGAGGUUAUCUGGGCAUUGGGAGCUGGUUGCAGAGACAUCAUUUCACUACAGGUGGCGCCAUUACAUCCAUGUCAGCAGCCAGCGCGCUUCAGUAACAGAUGCUUGCAGACCAUUGGCAGAUGCUGGCCACACCUCCGAGCUUUGGGUGUGGGCGGGGCUGGCUGUGGCAUACAGGGAUUGGCCUCUUUGGCAAGGAACUGCAUGAGGCUGCAGGUGCUGGAACUGGACCACGUCAGUGAGAUAAAUCAGGAGGUGGCUGCUGAGAUGUGCAGAGAAGGUCUGAAGGGUCUGGAGAUGCUGGUUCUUACCUCCACUCCAGUAACUCCUAAAGCUUUGCUCCACUUUAACAGUGUGUGUCGUAACCUAAAGUCGAUUGUAGUGCAGAUCGGUAUAGAAGAUUACUUUGAAGACCCCAACAGUCCUGAGGCCAGAAAACUCUUUGAUGAAAUGGUGAACAAGUUGCAGGCAUUGAAGAAGAGGCCUGGUUUCUCCAAAAUCCUCCAUGUGAAGGCUGAUGGCUUGUGUUAAUGCUGUUGUACUGAGGCCAGGGCCACAUGAAGAUUCACUAAAUAUGAUCGAGUUAUUCUGUCCUCAAUGAAAUGAGGAAGAAUCAAACACUUCAGUUUGAACUCUAAACACCAUUCUACCAUAUCAAGUUGGGAGCACAUCUGUUAGCGCUUCAAGCAUCAACAAUCUCUACAAGAAGGAAUGAACACUUGUUCCAGUUAAACAAACACUCAGAAAUACAGUCAAACCUAAUUCAAAGCAGAAUACAGAGGCUUUUUCUCCUAAAUGCCAAAUUGUAAUUACAUCCCAGAAAACAUAUCUCUCUUCAUAGCACAGAACUGCAGGUGGGAGCAGUCUCAUAUUCCAGAUUGGUGGACAGGUUUACCACCUGCAACUUAAAAUCAACAUUCAAAUCCAAAUAGCACAAAUUAAAAUGCACAUUUGAGGCAGGGUUAAGUUAAUAAGAUGUGUUCGCAAAUGUGAGUGUGUGUAUUUGUGUGAUCAACAUAAUUGUUUCGCUAAUAUUCAGCAACAGCUGCAAAGAGACAGAUUUAUUCAUUACUUGGCACUUAAGAGCAUUACGCUUUAAACUUGAUGCACCGUUCAGCCAUAUCGUACUAGGACCACCUCAGUAUAACAUAAUCACCAGCUUCAGACAUGGCUUACUGAGACCCUUAUUUAGGGAUGCUGUGUCUCCAUAGAAACUUCUAUUACUCGCAGCUAACUUGUGCUCAUAAGUGGGAGUUCAAACAGAAGGAAGAAGUCAAUAAACACAAGAACUUCUCCUCUGGCAAUUUGUUCUCACAUCAGCUUCUUUGCCUCAUUCAUGCCAGACCCUCUAGCCGUUUAGUCAUACUUCCGAGACCAGAGUAACUCUGGCAAAGUGUUGUGGCUCUGAUUUCUGUUCGAUCUCUUGUUCUGUAAUGGGGUUCCAGAUUCGCAAUGCCUUGUCCAAAAUGUACCAUCCUACUUGUUUUUUAUUUUAUUUCAAGGUUGUUCAUUUUGGUUUUUCCCAAUGUGCCAUUAGCCAAUAAAUGGAAUUUCAAAAGGUAAUUAAGUCAUAUCACACCAGGUGUGAACUUAUCAAAAGGUAACAUAAGAGCAAAUUUGUGUAGUGGGGGAAUGGGACAAAUCGACAUUCAGAUGUCAUGGUGCUGUCAUUCCAGUGUACUUUCACCUCAGAUAUGUAUGUCUCCAUCUCUGUAUCACUGACCGUUCAAACCAUGAUGAUGAACCCAUAUCUUAUAUUGUUUUCUAUGGAACACAGGCUGGUGCUACUGAGCAGAUCAAAGAAGAUUAAUACCGCUUCCCCUGAUCUGCUUCAGUUAAUAGGAUACAUUCAAAGGGGCUAUUCACACCGAGGGCAGUUUUGCAUCCAUCUGCACUGUUUAUCAAUUAUUUUUCUAUGUAAACAUGCGCUAGAUGGGCGUCUUUGACAGUUGUGCGGCAUCUCGCAGUUUUAGCAGCAUCUCGUGCAGGAGUGCAACAUUUUUUUGAUGCUAUGAAAAGAUAAAAAAUGUGUCUUAAGACACUUGCAUUCUAUUCUGUUCUAUUCGUUGUGCUGCAUCUAGCUUUGUUUAGCGCAAGAAUGCGUUCGGUCUUAGUGGCUCAUAAGUGUUUUAAAUGUAGAUACGGAGAUUUGGACAAUUUUGAGCAUGAGUUCUGAAUGUAGUCACUGCACUAAACAGUAGGAAGGCAUUACAUACUGUAUGCAUCUUUGAAGGGACAAAUAUAUUUACAGGUAUUAUAUUGCUUUUUUUCAGACCCUGCAAGAACUUCACUUCUGAUGUCUCUGGGCUAGAUUUUGGUAUUGGUUUCUGUAAAUAGACUUUUAGUUGUCUUAACUAGGAAAGAAGUUAUAAUAAUAGCCAUGACAGGCCAGUUUAGCCACAUCAAACUACAAAAUCAAAAGGUCUAGAUAGAAAAUUAUUCUGCACUGCUGAGAUUAAAUUCCUUUUCCUGGCCUUGCUCUCUGUCAGCAUUGUGAAGUUAAAUAGUUCUGUUCAGUAAAUCUCUGCUGUUUUCAAAGGGAAAAGGUUAGGUGUCAACCAAGAUAGAAUUCCAAAAUUUAAGACUGAUUCUGAGAGCUGAUAUUUGUAUUCUAUGGACGAUAAGUGAUAUGAUGUUAAACAGCCUGAUAUAAUACAGCUCCAAUCCAGAAGUAAAAUCAGAUAUUCUAACAUUUUAAUGUACAAUAGAAAAGACAGAAAAGAGUAUAGUACUUUUGAAACCUGUCAAUAGAAAGAGUUUACUGUUUGAAUUAGGGGAAAAAAGCACUGAUAUUAUCUGCUUUAAUACUGGCCGAUGUAACACACUCUCACGGCGAAAUCGUCAGGAUUCGUACAACUUUUCUAAAUUUGGCUAAUUCGUAUGAUAUCGUGCGACUGCACUCGUUUAAAUUCCUACGACUUUCACUACAGCCAGUGACAUCGCUGGACAUUGUUUCCAUCAAUUACUUGCUUCUGUCACACACAACAGCUUCCUAUCAUGUUUACAUACAUUACUGAUUGAUUAGGUUUAGAUAAGGGGUUUGGGUAAGGGCAUAAUAUUAACAAGUAUGUCCUUAAUCCCUCGUGCGUGGAACUCACGCUUACUUCCGCAUUAGACAUCCGGGAAUUUGCACGUGAUGAAGUCGUACGAGUUUAUGUGAACAACAUCGUGCGAUACCAAUACGAAAUAACCAACUCGUAAAUUAUGUAAAACUUUUCAUGAGAUCGGGUUAAUGAACAUCCUGUACUUUUACAGAAUUCAUUAAUUUUGGUUAAUGUCAAUUUCAAAAAUGUUUUACAAUAAAAGUUUUUGUUAACAUAGUUAAUGUGUUUUGAACUGACUUGAACUAACAAUGCCUAUAUUUAUAAAUUAACACAGAGAUACUAUAAGAUGCCAUGCUGAUACAAUAAGACUGAUUCAAGUGAUGUUCUCUGCCGCUCUCUUUGCUCUCAGUGCUGUACCAUUUACCCAUCAGGCAUUGCUGCUCCCUUUGGCCUGCCUCCGUGCUUAAAUAACACUUACUGUCCAAGCGGUCUACUUUAAGUGCUUUAGUCAAGGUGAGCACUCCCAUGGUGCAACGUUCUACUUUUUUUAUUUACGCUCUACAAUUAUUAUUAUUAUUUUCUAUUUAUUUAUUUAUUUAUUUUGUGAAACUGGUUCAACGACUUGGUGUUGUUCCCUGAAAUUCACAACACUUAAAUAGAGGCAAUGUAGACCAGAAUGGAAUACAACAUCAACUAAGACCACCACCAAGUGGAAAGUUGCAGAACUAGUGCGACCUAUUCACAAUCCAACAUAAUAACUUUUUGAGUGUUCUGGCACUCUUGUCUUCUGAAGACUUUAAAAUCUGUAUGUAUAUGUUGUUUCUAUAGGAAAGGAAUUAUAAAACCGGUGUAAAUAUUUGAAAUGUAACAAAGAAAGAGAUAAUCGGUGUUUUCAAGGGUAUCGAAUCACAAAAGAUUUCUUGUGCCCAUAUUGAGCAGACAUGACUUUAAAAGUAUUGAGUUUGCAGUAUGCUGUGUAUGAUAGACGCUUUAUAUUGAAUGUGUAUCAGAGUCCUAUAGAGAUGGAAAUAAUUUAAAAAGAGAGUACAGUUUAUUUCAACUAUUUAUUUCUAUAAAAAGAGAUGUCUAUGAUGAUGGCAUG